AAUGGCAGCAGGCAAGAGCACCGGAAAGAAUUAGGGAACGGCCACAUGGAAGUGAGAAUGAAUGUCCACCUUGUUGCCAUGGCAGCAGCAGCAGCAGCGGCGGCACUGUCUGACAACAUCCUCUUUUUAUGCUUUGGCUGGAGCUCAAUCGCCGUGUUGAUCCAAUGAAAGCUUUUCGAUCCCCGCCCACUGAAUCAGGUUGGAUGUGCCGGAGUCUUGUGGAGGAGCCAUUUUGUCCCUGCCAGGGUUGAGCGAGGCGAUCACCGUAAGCCAUUUUUCGGCCACUUUUUUUGUUGCAAAGCUGUGUACGGAGUUGGGUAUUUGAAUCCCUGGAUUUGUUGGUUCGCUGGGUAGAAGCUGAGAGUUGGAUUCGGAUUGUGGGUUUCGGAUUUCAGAAGGGAAGGGGUUUAAAUAAAGAUAUGGCCGCUGUAGGUGCUCGCGCAGCGUUUCUGGCGAGUUUUUCAUCGGCGUGCUUGCGGCAGAGGGUUUUGUCAAGAAAUUCGGGGCUUUCUAGACCUUUUGCUCGUCAGACUGAUAAGAGUGGAUUUCGAAGCUUUUCGACGGUUUUGAGGCACCAGCGUUUCAAUCAGGUAGCUAGGCGCUUGAGCGUUACAGCAAGCAUGUCGACAAAUGCGGGGCCGGAAGCCGCGGCCAACAAUCCAGGCUAUUGUGGCAGUCCUGAUGCAGCCACCAAAAGCUACUAUGUGCAACAAACCAUGUACAGAAUCAAGGACCCCAAGGCAAGCUUGGAGUUCUACUCAAAGGUUUUGGGCAUGACGCUUAUCAAAAGGCUUGAUUUUGACGAGGCCAAAUUCAGCUUGUACUUCCUGGGAUAUGAGAGUCCGGAAACCAUCCCCAACGAUACAGCAGAAAAAACUGCUUUCUUAUUCAAGUGCAAAGCUACCUUGGAGCUCACGCAUAAUUGGGGGACGGAAUCAGACCCAGACUUUAAGGGUUAUCACAAUGGAAACAGUGAUCCACGAGGCUAUGGGCAUAUUGGAAUUACUGUUGAUGACGUCUACAAAGCAUGCGAACGUUUUGAGAAGCUAGGAGUUGAAUUCGUGAAGCGCCCAGAUGACGGAAGGAUGAAGGGACUUGCAUUUAUCAAGGACCCUGAUGGUUACUGGAUUGAGAUCUUUGACGUUGAUCGCAUGUCCGGUUUGAUCCACGGACCGUCGUCCUAAAGAUCGGGCCUUGGGCACUUCUACCCAUAAAUUUGAUAAUAGGAUUGUGCAAGAGUACAUGCAUGCAGUGGAUUUUCUAGCAACGAUGGUAUGAACGAUUGAAAAUGUUUUGUGAAAUGCUAUGAAUUGUAUUCAGGUAUUCACAUUUACAAUCAAUGCAAAGAUUUUAUAAGUAAUGUUCUCCCGUGUUA